GACAGGUGUGUACGUAGGUGUUAAUACGUGGGAAUGGAUAUUAGAUCUCUGUAAGUUAUGACAUUUACUCGCCAAAUUUAGAAACAGUAAAGCAGCGCACCCAAAAUCUAUGCCGCGUGACUGCGUAAGUAAGAGUAUUGACCGCGUCCUACGUCCCGACUGUCACUUUACCGGUGAAAACGAUCUUUGCCCAUAAAGGCAAUGGGAUUUCCGUAGCUGCGCUUGAACGCAACACAGUGGGCUGGCCGCGUUCGCGUCCGUCGGAGACUCUCCUUCCUCUCUCCCUCUCCGCGCUUCACUCCCGACGCUGAGCUGAGGUUGUGGGUGAAGUCGACAGCGGCGGAGACAGAGAGCAGCGAAACGACCGUGUUCUGGGAGGUCUUCAUCACUUCUGCCGCUCUCAGCUUCAGCCACGGACUCUUCCGUCCGCUCUCUGGGGAGGAUUUGAAUCUUUAUCAGUCUGAACGGGACUUUAGGGAACGUGGACGUCACCUUCAGAAACCAGCGGGAGCGAUUGAGAUUCAUCCAGCUUGACUCCAGCCAGGCCAUGCUGUCACUAUGACCACUACAAUGAUUCAGUCUGCAGCGUUGACCGUCGUAAUCCUGGUGUCUUACGGUGCUCAUGGUGUGGAGGCCGAGCAGGGAGCAGGUGUGCUGGAGCUCCCCUGGCAGGAUCAGCUGUGCUGUGACUCACCUGUAGCCCGCCUCGCUGCGGAGGGAGCGGCCACGCACGCGCCGGGGCCGAACCGCUCUGCAUCAGGCCUCCCACACCAUCCACGCUGCCGCUUCAGGAGCCUGACGGCUGGAUCGCAUCCACAGCAGCCCUCUGGUGGCGCCUGUUUGGACAUUCUGUGCAGAGUCGAUGAAAACUGGGAGAAUGUGACCUGUGACGUCCAGUGGUCCAGCGGCGCCGCGGACGCUGGUGUCAUGGCCAUCAGCUUGCAGCGCGUCCCGUCUCAUAAAGAUGACUCAUCUGUAAAUGAUGAGGCUGCCGCAUCUGAUAAUCCUGUUGUCUGUGAAGCGAUGGAUUCCUUUAUGUGUUCCCUUGCACUUGACUCUGCAAGAAGCUUUGUUGCCGUGGUAACCAUCAGUGUCUUGGAUGCCAUCGCUCCCCAGGUCUCGCUUAAAGUUCCUGCCCGAGUUUCUGCUGAGCAACCAAGUCCCCCAGUCAACCUUUCCCACGUUCAGACCAUCAAGGCUGAGCUGAUUUUACAGUGGGACGACCCGCGAGGCACGGCGCUCGAUGCCAGUCCACUGAGAUUCCAGGUUCGCUACUCGUCCAACAACUCUCAUUCGGGCUGGAUGAUAAAGUCAACUAAAGAGUCCAGAUUGGCCCUGAAUCUAAAGCCCAACCGGAACUACACCGUCCAGGUCCGCUGCUCCGGCCGAUACAACCCCCCGCUAUGGAGCGACUGGAGUAAAAGGCACCACAUCUACCUGGACACUGUGAGCUACAUCCCUGAGAAAACGGUGGCGCGGCCGGGCGACAACGUGACAAUCUACUGCGUGUUCAACGACCACAGCAUCGGCGCCAGCACGGCCGCGUGGAUGCUCAACUUCCGAGAGCCGCUCCAUCCCAGCCAAUACCAAGCCGUCAACCAGUGGGUCAGCCAGGUGACGGUGCGCCCCUCAGAGGCUCGGAUGUACGACCUGCUGCAGUGCACUCAGGGAUGGUCCAUCCCCUACAGCCAGAUCUAUGUGGAAGGAGCUUUUAUUGAUAUAAGGUGUGAAACCAACGGCGAUAUCGAUGCCAUGGACUGCAGCUGGAAAAACACCCAGUGGAUUCAGCCCGUGUUUCGAUACAGGUGGGGUGACCUGCCUUGUGAUGAGAUGGAGGAGAGGGACCAAGCGAGGGAGAAAGGUGAGGACACGGGAGCUGCUUGUCCUCCAGCUCGAUCCAGGCAGGAAAGCUGCACCAUCAAGCCCCUCAGGAUGAACUGCUACAAGCUGUGGCUGGAGGUGGGCCCGGUGCGCUCCAAGCCCGUCUACCUGUCACCUAUAGAUCAUGUAAAACCCCAUUCGCCGACCAACGUGAAGGCUGUGACCCGGAUCAGCGGGGCCCUGCUGGUAACCUGGGAGCCGCCGUCGCUGCCGGUGGAGGGGCUCCAGUGUCAAGUCCGCUACUCCUCACUGUCAACGGUCAGAGCCCAGCCAGAGUGGAAGGUUCUGCCUCCGGUGCUGCUCCCUCGGGCCGAGGUCGCGGUGCCCGACAUGUGUGGCGCGUACGGCGUGCAGGCUCGCUGCAUUCACACCAAUGGCAUCGGCUACUGGAGCGACUGGAGCGACCAGGUCUACUCCACCCCACAGAACAGCAGAGCUCCUGAGCGUGGUCCUGACUUCUGGAGGACUCUUCAAGAUGAUCCUUACACAAACCAGACGUAUGUCACUCUGCUUUUUGAGCGAGUCCCAGCAUUGGGGCGCUCCUACUGCGUGGACGGAUACGUCAUUCGGUACCAGAGCUCGGCUGGCGUCGUGACGCUCCAGCGGAUGGAGGUGGUGUCCUCCUACAGCUUCGAGUGGAACCAGGAGCCCGUCACCGUGACGGUGGAGGCCUACAACAGCCUGGGCAGCUCCUCCAGCAACAUCAACAUGACGCUGGACAGUCGGCCCAGACGUCGCUGUGUGCGUUCUUUCCACGUGCUGGUUAUCAACAGCACCUGCGUGUCUCUGUCCUGGAGCCUGAUGGACAACAGCUCUGUGCCUCUGUUCAUGGUGGUGCAGUGGUCGCCGCAGAGGCAGCACGACGCGGAUCCUCACAAAGGCCUGAAUGGACCCACCUGGGCCAGACUUCCCUACUCUGAGCGCUCUGUUUAUCUAAGAGGUGAUUUCCUCAGCCCUGAGGAAUUUGGCUUCUACCUGCAGCCUGUGUUUGCUGAUGGAGAAGGGGAGGCGGUUUACGCUACAGCCACAAGAAGCGACCCUGCGGCCUACGUGAUGCUGCUGAUCUGCUCCUUCCUUUCAGUCGUCCUGCUCGUCACAUUGGUCCUCUCGCAAAACCAGAUGAAAAAGUUUAUGUGGAAGGAUGUUCCCAACCCAAACAAAUGCUCCUGGGCUAAAGGGCUGGACUUAAAAAAGGCUGAAACCUUGGACCCCCUGUUCCGAGCUGCAGAGGGGCUGCAGGCUUGGCCGCUGCUGCUUCCCUCUGAAAACAUCUCCAAAGUUGUAAUAGUGGAGAAGGCCAUGACUUCAGUCCUGAUCCAAGCCCCUCUGGUGCCCCUCGGGCCCGACGCUGCCGCCGCUCCAGGGUUCGAUUCCAAGGAUGAACCAACUGCGUUCAUGGAGAACGAGCUGCUCGCCCGCGCCUCGUCUGAGUCUUUGACCGCUUCACGCCCGAGCGUGCACGCACUGCUACGCGCAGAGGCCCCAGAAGCCCGGCUCCCAGUGGCCAGCGACAGCUCCGCCCAGUCUUCGGUCACAUAUUCCACUGUGCUGCUGUCCCACCCCAAGGCGGACAGCGAGCCGCUGCGCUACAAGGACGGCAGCGGCAGCGGCUCCAGCGACGAGGGCAACUUCUCCGCCAACAACUCGGACAUUUCCGGCUCGUUCCCCGGCGGCUUGUGGGAGCUGGACAGCUGCAGGGGAGGCGAUGCGGAGGACGCGCGGCGCUCCUGCUCCUACAACUCCGUGGAGGAGCUUUCAGAGACGUCGGAGCAGCCGGAUGACGGCGACGUUAAGGAAGAGAAGGAACUAUUUUACCUGGGGAUGGACUACCCGGCGGAGGACGAGGAGAGCGAGGAGGAAGGGGAGCCGGGUGAGGAGGACACAAAAACCCAGCUGCUUAAGAACCUCGUUUUGAGCACAGACGACUGCUGUUUGGAGUCGAACCCCUUGCUGGACCCCGAGGAGUCCAGCGAGCCCAUGGAACUGCUGCCGGGGGCCACGCGUGGCUUCUCCCCGCUGUACCUGCCUCAGUUCAGAACUGCUCCCGACGCGAGGCACCCGCAUGACGGCAAACCCCACCUGUGACCAUGGUGCAGGCUCCAUCACUGCAGUGGCGUCGUGGGCUCUGCCACCACUUAGCAAAGUGGAUGGACGUAAUCCGUCGGACUCGUGAGCACAAAUACCUCCACGUUUGAGUGACUGCGGAUGGAUACGAAUCGGUGCUGCUAUUUGUUGUGAGGGAGAGGCGUAAGCAGGGCACGGGCCUCGUUUACAGGCCUUUAUUUCUUUCUUUUUGGGCCUUAAGGCCCUGAUUCUACUGUGCCACACUGCUGCUGUUUACAGUAGGCGAGGGGAGGAAUCCUAGAGGCUGUACAGUAUGUGAUGAGGGAUCCUGUACAUACUGUAUAUUCCCGUCAUCCCACAUUAAAUGCAUCAUGAAGGUUCAUGGAAAACGUGUCACCUCUCGCCUAGGCUUUAACAGUAGACAUCUCAUCUGUGCCGUUGCGGUUUUCUCCAGCACUUCAGACUGUGAAGACGCGACUGGGCCACUUACUGUAGGUACUGUACUGUGUGAGUGAACAAAUAAAAGGCAGCGAAGGACCCGCUGGUGAUUUUCAGCUGGCAGCUUUCUCAUUAACAUCUACGCAGACAAACUCCCUCACCAACUCAAAGAAUGUCCCUGUACUUUGUGCUGUAAUGUUUGUUGUGACUUUGUUGUCACUGUGUUCAAAAGAUGUGAUCUAUUUUUCUGUGUUUGGCCUUUAAAAGAGUCUAUCUCUGUUGUAAAAUAAAAGACAAAGGAAUGUACGGCGAGGAAGAGGACAGUGCUGCAAACUAAAGCAAGAGCUGAGACACGUUUGACACAUAUUGUUAUUGUCUGUUUUAGAGCUUUUGUCUAUUUUUCAUGGUGAAAAUAAAGUAUUUAUUCUGA